UGUGUAGAAAUGAAUAUAACUUCGCCAGAGGCAUUGUUGUGAAAAACCGGUUUUUCGCCUGUUACUACCAAAAAUUAAAAUCCUUAUAUCUCGAUCAAAUCUCAUGCUGACUCAAGGAAAUUUUCAGGAAAGGCUUAAAAGAUGCCAUAUGUUGUUGACAACGCCGAAAAAGUGGUCCAGCAGAACACUGAUGCUCUGAGGUUUUUCAGAAGGUUUCUGAAAAACCUUAAGCCAAUGCCCAGCUCACAUUCAUGAAUGUUUACUUGGUUUUGUUACUUUUCAUUUUAAUUUAGGCUCAUUUAUUGUUUUGGAUCAAAAUGAAGAAGUAAGAGUUAUAUUAAAAACUCUUUUAUGGACAAAACCAAGAACUGGUCAACUGACAUCGAUAACAGAAUGUUAUAAAAAGUUAAAAACAUAUGAUAUAUCAGUUCGUCGAACUCAACUUGUGUGGUCAUCAAUAGGAGAUCUGGUGGAUAAAGAACUUGUAAAUCAUGUAAAAACAACUAAAAGAGAUCCAGACGACCAAGGAAUCAUUGCAAAGCAAGCUCCUCAUGGUAAUUCUAAAUCGUCAAUAGCUCAUAACUAUCGUCGAAGUUUACCAUCGAUAACCACAAAAAUAGCUGAAGCAGUCAAAUCAAAAACAGCUGCUGAUAUAUAUGAACAGUUAAUUUCAACCGCAUCAGCUGAUGAACCACGUAAUUUACCUCAAGUAAAAUAUCAACGACAAAAACAUUUGAAAAAACAACGUCUGUCAAAUGAUGAAUUAUUCAAUGCAGUCCAGCUCUCCUACCAAAUAAACAACUUUAUUCGUGUCUGUUCAUUCCUCGAUUUAGCCACCGUUUUUAUGCAUGAGCAAGGAGAAGAACAAUUUUCAACGUUGUUGGCAAGGACACCAGUAUUAAUUAGUGAUGGCGAAUUAGCAUUUAAAAAUGCAUUUCAUUCCGCGUUCCCCAAGCUACAUCAUAUUCGCUGUCUAAACCAUUACAGAAAAAGUGGACGAGAAAUAAGCGGAAGUGCAUCGAAUGGUGCUGAAAGUAUAAAUGCCAAAGUCAAACGGUGGAUUGAAUGGAAAGAGACAUCGGUCGACACAUUUAUCCAAAAGUCUUACUUGUGCAAUUUUCAUUUAACAUCAACGAAUAAAUGUUAUGAGAUUGAACCAUCGACAAUUCCAACGGUUACACAAUUUGAUCCCGAGAAAAUAUUGAUCGAUAUCAGAGAGCGAGCUAAAUUAACAUCAUCCAGUUUAUCAAAUGCUUUUUCAACGUUUACAAAUUCUGAUACAAAUAUCAAUGAUAAUAACAAUGAUAGCAAUGACAAUGAAUCCCAGAAUGCACAACAACGUCCCUCACAAACUGGAUCAACACCUUCAUCACCUCAGCUUUGGCGAGUGCCAGAAUCAAUGACAAGAGUUGAAAAAGCCCGCUUGCUGUUCGACCUAGAUUUGGUUUCCUUCGAUUCUAAGGCCAAAGUUUUGAAUAUGCGAUCUACGGACCAUCAGAACGUUUAUACUGUCCAUUUUCACGAUCGAAAAUGUGGUUUAAAAUGUAGCUGUGCCAGUCGAAUGCCAAAUUGUUCUCAUAUAACUAUUUAA